CUGAUGCUCUGACAUCACAUGGGCUCUUAUAUACUGAGGGAAUGGAGCCCGCUACACUUCGCAUCCAACCUGGAACCUGCAAGAACCAUCUUAGACCUGGAGGAACAGAAGAAGAAAAGGAAAACAGAAAAGAAGCAGCAGCAGCAGCAGCAGCGGUGCCACUCUAAAUCCUCUCCAGCCUCUUCAAUAGAACUUUGACCCUUAACCUUAUGGACUAGACUCAUCCUUAGGUGCAGUCGUCAGUGCGGAAGCCCUUUAUUUCACACAUUUGUCAUUUUGUCAUCAAGAUGCAGGCACUGUUGGCUUGUAUGCUCCUUCUCUGUCUCACGUGCGGCGCUCUCUGCACAGAUGUCGACCAGGAGCAGCGAGCGCUCGCAGAAGAGCUCCUCACCAGCCUCUUCACCUCUAAGGUGAAAAACAAUAGGCAGAGUGCCCCCUAUUGGCAUGUAUCAAUGACCAACCUCUGCAGGUUGGUGGCUGGCCUGCGGCAGGAAGCGUGGAGCGGAGAGGAGGAGGAAGAGGAGGUUUCCGAGCUGAGCGAAGGGAGCCUCCAGCUGCUGGGGGAGCUGUACAGCCUGCAACACAUCUGCAGAGCGCUGCAGAGCCAGGAGGAGAGGCUACUCCGAGACUCUGUGGAGUAUUCGGAGGAGAACAGCGAUGCUCCCCUGAAGCGAAAAUCCCCGUACAUCCUGAAGAGACAAGCCGCACACAACACCAAGUCACGGAGGCCUUACAUCUUAAAGCGUAGCUCGGCUUACUGACAGCCAUCGCUCGGUCAAGACAAGAGGACCAACCAGCCGUGAUGAUAUAUGUUCUUCUGUUUUCUUGUGGCUGCAGAGUUGAUUUUUUCCCCCUGUUUUUCUCCAGUGAGAACCUGCAAUUGUACGUCCAA